UCUCUCUCUUGUUAUAUUACUCUAAUUUGGUUCCUUUAACGCGUAAUAACACAAGGGAAUUUUUACGAGUUAUUCCGAUCUAGCUAUUCUCCCCCAUAAAAGCCUUGCCUUUUUCACGUCUCUCAUGUCAUAAAAUCUUAAUCUUCUUCUCCAUCUCUUUGAUCUUUGUUUCUCUAAAUUUCUCUCUUGAAGUGGUCAUGGAAGACAUAGAUGAGGAAGAGCUUUUGAAUCUCGGCCUAUCUACUGUGACAGAUACUAGUGUGGAAAAGAAUAGAAAAAGGAAGAGAACGGCUAAUGUUACGAAGCCUUUGAAGCCAUCAAAUGAAAGUUGUGAAGGGAAGAUCAUAUUUAAGCUUCUUCAAGUGAGGGAAGAGAUGUUAAAGCUAGAUCAUAAGCGAAAAGGAGUUGUUGAAGAUGGAAAAGCUCUUCAUUUGAUCCAUUUGUUGCUAAUCGCUGCUACUUCAGUUGAUAACAAUAAUGUGAACCCAGCCUUGGAGAAUCUUAUCCAACUGUAUCAAAGUGUAUCAUUAAUGGGAGAUUCAGUACAGCGAGUUGUUGCUUAUUUUGCUGAUGGUUUAGCUGCAAGGCUUCUCACCCGAAAAUCACCUUUUUGCGACAUGAUAAUGAAGGAGCCUACUGCUGAAGAAGAGUUUUUAGCUUUCACUUGUCUUUAUAGGGUGUCUCCUUAUUACCAGUUUGCUCAUUUCACUGCUAACCAAGCUAUAAUCGAAGCCUUUGAGAAAGAAGAAGAGAUCAAUAAUCGAGCAUUGCAUGUUAUUGAUUUUGAUGUCUCUUAUGGCUUUCAAUGGCCUUCUCUCAUUCAAUCUCUUUCCGAUAAGGCAUCCAAUUGUAAGCGGAUAUCCCUUCGUCUUACAGGCUAUGGAAGAAGCUUAGAAGAAUUGCAAGAAACUCAGACGAGAUUAGUGAGUUUUGCCGAAGAGUUUCGCAAUCUGGUCUUCGAAUUCCAAGGGUUGUUGAGAGGCCCCAUGAUCAAGCUGAUUAACCUGAGGAAGAAAAAAAAUGAAACAGUUGUUGUAAAUUUUGUUUCACAUUUGAAUACUUUGAAUAACUUUCUAAAAAUAUCUGAGACAUUGAAAUCAGUACAUUCACUUAGGCCAUCCAUUGUUAUCUUAGUCGAGCAAGAAGGUAGUCGAAGCCCAAGAAGUUUCUUAUCAAGAUUUAUGGAAUCUUUACAUUAUUUUGCAGCCAUGUUUGAUUCAUUGGAUGAUUGCCUCCCACUAGAGAGUGCUGAGAGGUUAAGUAUAGAGAAAAAUCAUCUUGGGAAAGAGAUCAAAACCAUGGUUAACUGUGACAAGGAUGAGGAAACUAAGUCGUGUACAAGGUAUGAAAAAAUGGAAACAUGGAAAAGCAGGAUGGAGAGUCAUGGAUUUGAAGAGAUGAAACUGAGUUCCAAGUGUUUGAUUCAGGCAAAACUUCUGAUGAAAAUCAGGACUCAUUACAGCCCUCUGCAAUGUGAAGAAGGAGAGAUUAAUGGUGGAUUUAGAGUUUUUGAAAGGGAUGAAGGAAAGGCUCUUUCUUUAGGGUGGCAAGAUAGGUGCUUGCUUACAGCCUCUGCAUGGCAAUGUGUAUGAUAUAUAUUACUCUUUUCAAACACAUUCAUAUCAUUCUUAAUUGUAACUCAGUUCAAAUAAUAAUGGAAUUUG